AAUGAGUGAACGCUAUCACUUACCAUUAUCACCAAAGACCGUUUGGGUGCAGAGAAACAUCAGACAUCAGUGAAGAGACUACAUUCAGGUUCCCCUCUGAAGAAUGGCAAACAUCUCCUUUAACACCUCCCUCCUGAAUGAAAGCAAUAAUGAGGACCCCUUUCAGGCCGAGGACUAUACUAUGCAUGUAGUGACAUGCAUCAUCAUUGCUGUCAGUCUCCCUCUGGUGCUCGUGGCCAUCUAUGCUCUCUACUCUCUGGUACGAAAUGAUCAUGUUGCUCCAAUCUACAUCAUCAACCUCCUAAUAUCUGACCUCAUGCAGCUCUGCUGUAUGAUCGUUUGGGAGUCAGAUCUUCAGGAAGAGAGGAUUAAUGACAUUGUGAAGAGUUUUUACGAUUGCGGCCUAAUGGCUAGUGUCCACUUCAUGGUGUGCAUUUCAUUGGAACGAUAUUUAGUCAUCGCCCACCCACUGUGGUACCGCUUCAAACGAACCAUCAGGAUCUCUGUGGCAGUCUGUGUUGUAGUCUGGCUCAUACCUAUUGUCUUGACUUGUACUGUGAACCUCUGGGAAACCAUUUUUAACCCAUUCCUAGUCUUUGCCAUGAUACUCAUCAUUCCCUUUCCGCUGUUCAUAUUCUUCCUGGUUGGGACCCUCAGAGCCCUCUCUACUUCUGUCUCAGUCCACUCUGAUGAAAAACAGAGAAUCGUGGCAAUCUUAGUCCUGGUGCUGCUGAUUUAUACACUGCUGUUCCUGCCCAGUGUUAUUUUGCACAUUGCAGAGAACAAUGACGAGACUCUUUACAACCUGUCCUUCACGCUGGUAAAACUAAGUCCACUUGCAGACUUACUUCUGUAUGUUUUCAUCAGAAAGGGGACUGUUGGCAAACUUUUGACCUGUGUGUGCUGUUGCAAAAAGGAGAACUAUGACAUAAGCAACAACAUCAACACAACACACCUAGAUGACAUUUAGACCAGUGGUUAUGAACUGAUGGGUUCAUAACCAAAGAUACAAACAGCGGGUAGUUAAGCUGUUUUCAGAGGGUCAGAAAUAUGGAGGCCAAAAGUCAUCGAUGUACAGAAGUAGAGCGUACACAUGUAUAUAUUUUAUGUUUCUCCAUUUUCCACAAUAAGGAGUAAAUUUAGGUUAUUUCCCCCAGGUUUUAACUAUUUGUUUUAAACUACUUCCCACUUACUUGGGAAAAUGGAGUAAAUCGACUUGAAUGCAUCCUUGUCCUUUGCUACAAUUCACUUUUUAACAUGUUUGUUUUUCGCUGCUUUGCUGUUCAAUCAUGUUUUGUUCCAACUAAGGGCCAAACUACAAUGUUUUAUUAAAUACAUUUCAGUGGUAAAAAAAAAAACCUUAUAAAUAUUGGCCACAACUCUCAUUAAAGGUCACAUAUUAUGCAAAAUAUACUUUUUCAGGCUUUUCUAACCAAAAUAUGUGCC